AUUUCGCUCUAAACAAGAUGGCUGACAUGGAGCAACGUAGUAAAGAGAGUUUAGUCGUCGGUCAAAAAGAAGCCAUGGUGAAACAGGAAAAAAGGGAUAAUGCCUUCACCAAUGGUGGCAAAGGAUCUGGUGACGAUGCUGACAGUGUUGAGGAGAUGCCACUGGACAUUGGGGAGCAUUACCUGGUCAGAAGAUCGGACGACUCCUGGCACCCAGCAGAAAUAAUUCAAACUCGAUUCAACGAUGGAGAAGGUCACUACGAGUAUUACGUUCACUACGAGGGUUACAACAGAAGACUCGACGAGUGGGUGCCAAGGGACAGAAUCAUGUCAAGUAGAUUCGACAUGUCUGAUACGAGUUGGAAGACGAGUGAGAAUGCCCCAGCUGGUGAUCUCCUGGCGGACUCGUCGGACAGAAAAAUCACGAGAAAUCAAAAACGAAGACACGACGAGAUUAACCACAUUCAGAAGACUUACGCGGAGAUGGAUCCAACGACAGCAGCUCUUGAGAAAGAGCAUGAAGCCAUUACAAAAGUCAAGUACAUUGACAAAAUUCAAAUUGGGCGAUACGAAAUCGACACGUGGUACUUCAGCCCUUACCCCGAGGAGUACGGAAAACAGCCGAAAUUGUGGAUUUGUGAAUAUUGCCUCAAGUAUAUGAGACUGGAAAAGACUUAUCGAUAUCACAUGAGCGAAUGUACUCACAGACAACCAGUAGGAAAGGAAAUAUACAGAAAAGGUACAUUAAGUAUUUGGGAAGUGGACGGAAGGGAGCACAAAAUUUACUGUCAAAAUCUGUGUCUCUUGGCUAAAUUAUUUCUUGAUCACAAAACCCUCUACUUCGAUGUGGAGCCAUUUUUAUUUUACAUUCUGUGUGAAGUCGAUAAACACGGAGCUCAUCUCGUUGGAUACUUCUCAAAAGAAAAAGAGUCUCCAGAUGGCAAUAACGUUGCGUGCAUCCUGACCCUACCACCCUUCCAACGUCAGGGGUAUGGAAAAUUACUCAUUGCAUUUAGCUAUGAGUUGAGUCGAAUUGAACAGGCAGUGGGAAGUCCGGAGAAACCACUCAGUGAUUUGGGGAAACUGUCUUACAGGAGCUAUUGGAGCUGGAUUCUUUUGGAGAUUUUGAGGGAUUUCAGAGGGACACUCAGCAUCAAAGACUUGAGCCAAAUGACAUCCAUCUCACAGACCGACAUAAUCUCAACCCUUCAAAGUAUGAACAUGGUGAAAUAUUGGAAAGGACAGCACGUCAUCUGCGUCACCCCAAAGCUAGUUGAAGAGCACAUAAAAAGCAGUCAGUACAAAAGACCUCGUCUCGCAGUGGACAGUACAGCUCUCCGAUGGGGCGCUCCACCUCGUAAAAACGUCAAAUCGGGGAAGAAAUGCUGAUAACUCCUGAUAAAAAUCCCAGGAAGUCAGGAUAAAUUUCCAAACAAGAGUCUGAGUAACUGCGAUUAAUCCAGAGUUUCGGUGAUACUAUCGUUUCCAGCUUGAUGUAAUCGUGCUAGUUCUCCCUUGCGUCGAGAAAGAACAAAACCUAUAUAUUUGUGGUUGAAAAAUUGCCAGUGACGCAGAUAAACCCCCAGGGGAGCCAUUCUAAUUGCUGCGUAUUUAUGGAGCUGAAUAAAUUCCCAUGUGAACAAGAACAUAAUUAAAA